AUGAUGAACUCCACCACCAACCUCUACCUGAACUCUACCGCCGCCCGUGGACCCCCCCCAUGGUACCAGUUCCCGGUGUGCGCCGUGGCUCCGUACGGCUUCAUCUUCUACUUCGGGGUGAAGGUCUUUAACCUGGCAGUGGGGACGCCCUGCAACGUGCUGGUCCUCUGGCAGAUCGCCACCAGGAAGAGCGACGCGUCCACCUCGGACAUAUUCAUCUUCAACCUGGCCGUCAUGGACGCCUUCUUCUGCCUCAUGACGCCCAUUGAGAUGGUGAACCGGCUGCUGCUGGACGACGGACGCAUCUGGUACUUCCAGAGGUUUGCGUACGGGAUCAAGGACGUGGCCCCGCUCUUCCUGGUGUGCAUCUGCUUGGACCGCUACGUGGCGGUGGUCCACCCGAUCCUCUUCACUGGUAUCCGGGACAACAAGAUCCGCAUUGGGAUUUCCGCGGUGGUCUGGGGCCUCAUCCUGGCCUACGCCCUGACCAAGAGCACCCUGGGGGUCAUGAGCGUGAAUGAGGUCUUCAGCGGAGUCAUCCUCUUCGCCUUCGCCGUCAUGGUGUUCUGCAACAUCUCCGUCAUCUGGGUGCUGAGGCGCUCUGUGGCGGGGAAGGAGGAGAUGCACCCGGUGAAGAGGAAGGCCUUCAAGAUGGUGCUGAUCAUCCUGGUCAUCAUCGUGGCCAACUACCUGCCGCCCGUCGCCCUCAUGCCCUUCGUGUCGUACUACACCUUUGUGGCGUUCAGGUGCCAGAUCAGCAUCAGCGUGUUCUCCAUCAUGGACCUGAGCUGCAGCAUGGAGCCACUCCUCUACAUCACCAAGAUGGACCGUGUGGAAGGGCGCUGCUGCGGACGCUGUUUCUCCAGGAAGCAGGACGAUGACGUCAAGGUGUGA